AUGUGUCUCAAAUCUGAACUUCUCCGUGGGAUUUACGCUUAUGGUUUUGAAAAACCAUCUACGAUUCAACAACGUGCCAUUCUUCCUGUAAUUAAAGGGCAUGACGUUAUCGCCCAGGCGCAGUCAGGAACGGGAAAGACAGCUACAUUCUCCAUUUCAAUUCUUCAAAAACUUGACAUGUCCAUUAAUCAAUGUCAGGCUCUAGUCCUUGCACCAACCCGUGAAUUGGCCCAACAAAUCCAGAAAGUAGUUAUUGCUCUCGGUGACUUUAUGAACGUUGAAUGCAAUGCUUCAAUUGGUGGUACUAACGUCCGUGAAGGCAUCAAAAAGCUUGAAGCUGGUGCUCAAGUAGUUGUUGGUACCCCUGGUCGUGUAUUUGACAUGAUCAAUCGUCGUGCUUUGAAAACCGAUCAUAUAAAAAUGUUUGUUCUUGACGAAGCAGAUGAAAUGUUGUCCCGUGGUUUUAAAGAACAAAUAUACGACGUCUUCCAACUUCUCCCACCUAGUACCCAAGUGGUUCUUUUAUCCGCCACUAUGCCGUCUGACGUUUUGGAAGUUACUACCAAGUUCAUGCGUGAUCCUGUCAGAAUUUUGGUUAAGCGCGAUGAGUUGACUUUGGAAGGAAUUAAGGCGAAAGAAUGGAAACUUGAUACUCUAUGUGACCUUUACGAAACUGUCACCAUCACCCAAGCAGUUAUCUUCUGUAAUACGCGAAGAAAGGUUGAUUGGCUAACAGAUAAAUUGCAUGCACGAGAAUUCACUGUGUCUGCUAUGCAUGGUGAUAUGGACCAGUCUCAACGUGAUGUCAUUAUGAAGGAGUUCCGUUCAGGUUCUUCUCGUGUACUUAUUACUACAGAUCUUUUGGCUCGUGGUAUUGAUGUCCAACAAGUAUCACUGGUCAUUAAUUAUGAUCUUCCUACUAAUCGUGAAAACUAUAUCCAUCGUAUUGGAAGAGGAGGUCGGUUUGGUAGAAAAGGUGUUGCCAUUAACUUUGUUACGAGUGAUGACGUUCGAAUGCUUCGGGACAUAGGUCUCCGUCAGUGUGCAAAAUCCAAUUUUUCUCAAUAUUCUUUGAGAAUAUAA